AUGGCAUCCAAGAAGAUCAUCACCGUUUUUGGCGCCACUGGCAAGCAGGGCGGCUCCAUCGUCCGCACAUUUCUGAAUGAUCCCAAGCUGAAGGAUGCCUGGGCUGUCCGAGGAGUUUCUCGAAGUGUGGAAGGCGAAGGAGCCAAAAAGCUGUCUGCUCAGGGAGUCGAGGUUGUGGCUGCCAAUCUCAAUGACAAGCCCUCUCUGGUCAAGGCGAUGACAGGGGCUGCAGCCGUGUUCGCAAUGACCAACUACUGGGAAAAGAUGGACAUGCAGCUUGAGAUCCAGCAAGGAAAGAACCUCGCCGACGCUGCCAAGGAGGCUGGGGUCAACCAUUACAUAUGGAGUUCUCUCCUCAACGUCACCAAGCUGACCAACGGCAAACUGCCUCAUGUGCACCACUUCGACAGCAAAGCCCUAGACGCCCCAUUCCCCGUGUUUGACGCGGGCGAGGACACGGGCAAGUGGGUCAAGGCCAUCGUGCUGCAGCGUGAGAAACUGCUGGGAAAGCGGGUGUACGCGGCGACUGCGUACCUCACGCCGCUGGAGAUGAUUGCCGGGUUCAAGAAGGUGUUCCCGCAGGCCGGGGCGUCGGCGAGCUUCCUCAGCACGUCGCACGAGCAGUUCGUCGGCGCGCUGACGGGGAGUGGGAUGCCCGAGGAGGAGACUUCGGGGGGGGAGGACUUGUCGCUUGAUAUCCUCGAGGACAAGCCGACAACAUGGGAGGAACACCUCAGGAAGAGCCCGGCCACCAAGGACCUGCAGUAG